AUGUCUCUCUACUACGAGGCCGCGGCCAUUCUCGCCAAUUCCGACAAUGUCGGCGGGUCGCUCAAGUCCCGGAUAUACAACAAGAAAGAUUUGAAGAGCACGCCGGGACAGCUCUUUGCUCUCGUUGCCGAAACGUCGAAAUGGUCGGUGGUGCUGAAGGAUGUGAUUGACAAGUGCAAGCUGCUUGCAGAAGAGAAGAAAUUGACUCCAAUCCUUGCUCUCUUGCUUGCGCAUGAUCUACUCCUCGCGAAGAAUGGCGUCGCGGCACCAGCCAACCAUGUCCUCAAGCUCGCCAUCACCCGACACAAAGCCCGUUUGAGCGCCGAGCUGACCAAAUCUCGUAUACGAUACGGCUAUGCCACUCUGGAUGCUUUCAAAGAGGCUGUGAAUGACGGUAGGCUGGACAAAGAAGAGGGCGACGUUCCAAAGAGCCGACAUCCCCGAUGGGUACGCGUAAAUACAAUCAAGACGACACUGCAGGAACAGCUUGCAACGACCUUUUCUGGAUAUACAAAGACGGGACGCCUAGAGGAUGUCCUUGCGGCGCCCAAGAACUCAAAAGUCUUCUACGAAGACCCCAAUAUCCCCAACCUGCUCGCGCUGCCCUCUAGGAUUGAUCUCAGCAGAGUGGCUGCCUACCUAAAGGGCCAGAUCAUAUUCCAGGACAAAGCGUCAUGUUUUCCAGCGUACUUACUGAACCCUAACCCGGACGAUGGCGAUGUCAUUGAUGCCACUGCGGCGCCAGGAAAUAAAACCACUCACCUGGCGGCCAUUGUGUCGGAAAGAAAACAGGAAGGCGAGGAUCAAAAAGUCAUCGCUUUCGAGCGCGACAAAGGCAGAACUUUUACCUUGCAAAAGAUGGUCAAGUUGGCAUCGGCGGACAGCAUUGUCCAUGUAAAAGGCAACAGCGACUUCAUCGCCGCUAAGCCCGGGUCAGACGAGUACGCCAACGUUGGUGCUAUACUUCUUGACCCAAGUUGCUCUGGUACUGGUAUUGUGGGACGCGACGACGCGAUCAAAAUGCAUCUUCCCGAGUUGCCUAGCGCUCAAGCAACACUGCAAAAGCCCGAGAAAGGGAAGAAGCGGAAAAGAGGGGACGAAUCAGCAAAAAGCGAUGCCCAGCCAAUGCUCAACCUGGACAUGGACGACUCAGCACCUGAAGAGACACCGAUGGAUGGCAAGUUGACAGAACGACUGGCGGCCUUGUCGGGUUUCCAACUCCAUAUCCUCACUCACGCUAUGCGAUUCGAGAGCGCACAUAAAAUAACCUACUCUACGUGCUCAAUUCACUUCGAGGAAAACGAAGGCGUUGUCUUUCAGGCGUUGGCAUCGACAGUUGCAAAAGAGCGGGGCUGGAAGAUUCUCAAAAGGGAUCAACAAGUGGACGGUCUGCAGAAGUGGCAUAGAAGAGGCAUCUGGGAAGACGACAAGUUUGAUGAUGAGUUGGACGAGUCUGUCAAGAACGAUAUAUUGGAGGCGUGCAUUCGUUGCGACAAGGGUACUGAAGAAGGUACAAUGGGUUUCUUCGUGGCUGGAUUUGUUCGCGAAGGCGACCUGGACUCGGCGCAAGUCACCAAAGUUGCAGUCCCUGAGGAUGAGGAAUGGGGUGGCUUCAGUGACCACGAUAAGGCUGAAGAGGUAAAUCAGGCAAAAGUGCUGAUACCCAAAGACACAGGAAGUCACAAGAAAAAGAAGCGCAAACACAGCAAGAAGUAA